AUGCCGAUCAUCCAAAAUGUAUUAUCAGAAGGCGAGCCCGCCUCCCUCCCCAAAGAAAUAAUCCCCAAAACCCCUGAAAAAGUACCUGACACUACCAAACUCGUUUCCUCAAACCCCUCAGACCACCUGAACCUCACCUGUCACACGAGUACUCCCUUGAAGACACCUGCAACCCUUGGGGAAAGCUUUGAAAACCGGUCAGUCAGCUUCAACAGCUCUCUCCACUCCAGUCCAAUCUAUCGCCAUCAAAACCUCACGAGGAACAUCUUGGAUCACCCUUCAACUUCUUCAAGAUUAGACAACAGCUUCAUGAACGCUUCAAUAGACUCCAACAUGUCAAACUCCUCUGCAAUGUCCAUUCCUUUUAUUCCAGUUUCUCCCUUAUACUCGGGACCAAUUCGAGGACCUCUAAUUCCUUUGAACACCUCGCUUCACAUGGAUAGAAACUUUCCUAGUAUUGGAGAACCCCAGAGGAAUCACCAAAAGAACAAUAAAAGCAAUCCAAACACUUCGCAAAACAAAAGUAAUUCUCCAAACGAUAAACAGAAUAAUAGUGGACAGAGGAAAACAACAAUACAAUUAGGAGAUUUCCUCGUGACUUCAUCGAAGAAAUCAUCAAAAAGAAAUAAUUCUAGGAAUCAAUCAGAGACAAGUGUCGAUAACACUUCAGGUGAGAAUAUCGAAGGCAACUCCAGCCAGAAGAAGAAUGAUAACAGAUCGAGGAAGAGAAGGAUAAAACCAACGAAAUUAGAAGUAACUGGAGAGGAAGGGAACAUCCAGAAUAAAGUCUUCGGGGUCAUUUCUCGUCCAGAGACGAAGAAUCCUCAGUUUUCAGAGGCUCAAACUACCGACAAGUCGGAGGAGAUCAAAACUUUUGAGGCUGAGAGGGAAUUAUUGAAAUUGGAGAGACAGAGACAGCCAAAAGUUGAUUCUGUGAGUGAGAUUCCUAAUGUUCAGGAGCAGAAAACAACGAAACUGAUGGGAAUUCAUUCGUCAGUUUCUGCUGUGGCUCCCAAAUUAUCUCUCGUUAAUAAUGUAAUGGCCGUAGAUAAAUUGGCUGAUCUUUAUGCAAACUUGAUUAGAAGAAAUUUAGUGCCGAAUGUCAUGACUGAAUUAUAUUUUAUUAUGACGUUGAUUACAUCACAGUACAAAGGAAAUGAGCAGAUGACCUUGAAGAUGUUGAAGGAAACUAUGGGGUGUAAGGAUAUUGAAGAGAGUAUAGGUGAGGAGGUGAUAAAACAAGAGACAAAGUAUUUAGAUACAUCACACAAUUGCGUUUAUUUCGCAACAAGUGUUCUGUAUCACCAGAGGGACUUACUGGUUGUGCUGGAUCGAGCUACGAUCAAGUUGCUGUACGAUAAUCAACAAAUUGGAAUGUUUAAACCUGAGUUGAGGGAUUAUUUAGGGAAACUAUAUGAUAAAAAGGUGCAGGAAUCGAAUCAGUUCAAAGAGAAUGACCUGAGGACAGUCAGCUCCAAUGUCUGCUUCCAAAUGGAGACAGACAACCGCGAGAACUUCCCCUCGACCAUCGCCUUUUCAAAAUUUCGAAUGCAACGUGACCUCUUCUACGAAUCCUUAAAAAUCUGGGAGGAUCGACACCAGGCUCCAAACUGGUGUUUUUCCACUGCCUUAGAACGCAAGAUAAACUCUCUUCUUACCCUCCACGAUGACGCCGUCAACUACUACCACCUGGCCCGCCUAUUCAAGUCCCAACUCCUCACUUCGUGCCUUCAACACCCCUCAGAGGAUCCAAUCGACGAUGAAACCCUCUCACUCCUAAAAUCCCUAAAAUCUAUGAACUUGGAGAAAUUCAAGCAACUGCAAGGACGUUUUGUCACUCCGCUUUCCUCAGAAGGUACAGUUCCCCUCCCUUCCUUCCCUGGUAUUCAAGAGUUCUACCGAGACUUCCUCCUCACUUCUACGAACAUAAAAUUCAAUUCAAUCCUCGAGAACUGCUUCAUCCAAGAGAUAACAGAUCUAAAUUCUACCCCUUUUACAAUGAGUGAUCUCGAAGCAAGAGAAACAAAUGUGGACGAGACUACGAAACAGAAUUACCUCGUCUGCAUCACCAGUCUUCGGCUCUUGUCAAAAUUCUUAGGAUUUUUAGUCUCAAUUCCAUUUAAAUCAGAGUCCGUCACAUUAGUUGGGAGAAAUACCCAGAUUUCUCUGAGGAGACAAGUUAAUCCUUCAUUGAACCUUCAAGAGACAUUGUUCAAUGCAUUUAUUGAUAGAAAGCUAACGUUGACAGUUCCCUGGAUGGUGGAGUAUCUAGCAGUAUUGGAUCCAGUGGCGUUUAGAUUACCCUAUUAUACAAAACUCUGUGAAAUUCUCUACUACAUCUAUAGGAAUUGUCACUUACUGACCAGUCCAAAGGGUUCACUGUUGAUUACUUUCACCCUAGGACGUCUUUUCGAACUCCCAAACUUUCCCAAGGAUCUUUACUUCACAUGGCAAUUGAAUUUUAAUGAUAAAAGGAUAAAAGAUCGAAUCGCUUCAUAUUUCAAUCAUUCUGAAGGGUUUGAAGACUCUCUGGUGUCUGUGAGUCCUAAGAAAUCAGAUGUUCCCCUCGAUAAAUUGGAAUUGAUUGAUGACAGAGCAAUCAUUACCUGCUGUCCCUUCUUGAAAGAAUUUAAGAUCCUGUUAAUAUCAGGAAAUUGUAAUUUUGGAAAUAUUAAUCGUCAUAUAACUCCAGUGUCUACUCAAUUAUCUCAGCCAUCGAGUGAAACCAAGGCCAAGACUUUGCAACUUCAACAAGAAGAUGUUUUCUUCCAUGGACAACCGGACUCAGUCAAAAAGACUGUUGAUUUUGUCUCAGAGAGGAUUGCCUCGAAUUCUGUUAAGCAAAUCUGUAGGGAAUCAAUUCCUUCGAUAAAACUGAAGCACUUUAAUAUGUUCAGAAAAUUAGCAGUGGAAAAGAUUAAGAAUACUCCAGACUUUGACAUGCGUAAAGAAAAACAGGUCUACCAACAAUUCAUGAACUCUGAAAAUUCUCCCGAUUUAGUUGCUUUGAUCAUCCAAGAAUUACGCGAUUGCUGUAAUGAGAUAAUUCCGAAACUCUGCAAGAAAAAGUGCACGGAGGCACUCAUUCCUUUGCUGUCAGAGGAUACACAUCCAGCUGUCAAGGAAAUGUGUGUCAAGAUUUGUAUGAGAUUGUCGAUUGAGAGAAUCGAUCAGUGGUUGGAUUUUUAUAUCAAUGACGCUGUGAAUUCUAAACAAAUUCACUCAGAAUAUUUAGCAUUUAGCCCAAAGGAGGAGGUGAAAGGUAUCAACGAAUGUGUUCAUAAUCCGUCAGCUCCUAGUCCUACGCAGAUAAUUGAUAUGAUAAGAGACUCAAUGUGGGAGUUGAUUGAGAAGAAUGGAAAGUGGUCGGUAUUGACCGAAGAGCAUGUUCUGACAAUUUUGGGAGGUUUAAAGAAGACCUUGCAUGAGAGAAAGGAUCUUCAGGCAUUUGUCGAAAAGACGAUUCAUGUUUUGAGUGUUGAUUAUGCAAUUCAUUUGAUUGUUCAUAAUCACUACCUGUUUACUGAUGCAGUGCUGGAUGAGUUUAUUGAUAUCUGGAGGGAUUAUGAGGCCGAGGAUGGAAAUAAUAAACUGUUUGGGGGGAUUUUGAGUUGUAGGAAUGUUCAGUGGCUGAUGCCGACUUGUGACUCUCAUUGUUGGAACAAAUUUGGAAAGUUAAUUGAUAGGCUGUUAAGAGAGAAGCUGUUGGGCAUUGAGAAUUUCAGCGAUCAAUGUGUAGCUAUUUUCAGGAGAGAUUUACCUGGGGAGGUGACAAGAUUUUUGCCUGAAUGCCUGAAUGCGGCCAUCCAGGGCCUCAAGGCGAAUGAUGAGGAAGCUGAAAAGAUCAGGAUGAUGUUGAGAUGGAUUUCUGGGGCCUGUGGGGAACUAGAUGGAAGUGGGGAGGGGAGUUAUGACGGUCAUUGUAAGCAUUAUGGAUUGGAGAAUUCAGGGGAAUUCCGAAAUUUUAGUGUGUAGGUGGUUUGAGGAUUUGAGCGAGCAAAUGGUGAAAAGGGUCGACGUAUGAACGGUGGAGGGGGUAAAUGACAAGGGUUUUUCUGCAAGGAAUUCCGAACACUCUAAGGGAAUAUUCUGAAGACGGUGCUUUGAUUGAGACAGCUUUAUCUGAUUCCCUUGGCUAUUGAGACCGAAUUAAUGAAUCCAUUGUCGAUUAGGCGAUUUCAACUGAAAAUGUCACGAGACUUUUUUUUGUAGAGAAUGCCGUGAACUGCAAAAAAAUUUCUUGGUAUAUUGUCCAUUUCGACUUGCGUAUCGCUUCCUCACGGAUUCCGUUGUUUUAUCCUUUUAUUUUUCAAGAGAAUCCUCGAGAUGAAGAAAGAUUGUUUGGGGAAAUAAUUGUAAUUAUGUAUCAAAUAAUGUUAUGUGUUAUCUAAAGUUUUGGUCUGCUUUGUAAUUGAAGUGAUGUUAUAAUUGUAUUUAUCGGUUAAAUACCAUCGACUCAUUGACAUUUGAGGAAGGAAGAGAGUGAACAAUUUUACGGUACUGAUAAACUUGAAUUUGAUAUUUGAAUAAACGAUAUUUUGUAUUUUGAAAUUAAA